CUCGGACUGUAUUUGGGACGCAGCCGGUGUUUCAGGGGGAAAGGUCAGCAGCGCCGCUGAAUGGAGGCGCCGCGAUGCAGAAACACACAACGUCCUGAUUUACCUGCUCAAUUUAUUCUCUUUUACAUUAUAGCUUUCUGUCUUCUACACAUCACUAACCUUCACUUUACCUCAGGGAGGAGAGUUUCCUCUCCAGCUCACACUCCAGCUGUGGGAAAUGUCGUGACCUGGAGAAACAUGUCCAGCAGACCUGGAGGUGCCAUGAACGUGUUUAACAGAAAUAUGAAGAGGAAGCAGAAGAAAUGGGCAGCGACCUUACCGGACAGCGAUAAAUAUGAUUACCUGCGAGACGAGGUUGGGAGCGGAGUAGCAGACAGAAUUUAUGACAUUGCCAGGACUUUCCCUUUAGCACUAGACGUGGGCUCCGGAAAAAGCCAUGUUGCUGAACAUCUCAGCAAGGACGUCGUAGAGCGCCUUUUCCUUACAGACAUCUCCGAUGCUUCGUUGAGGCAGAAGAGGCAGAGUGAGAUGCCUACACACUGCGUGAUGGCCGACGAGGAGUUCUUGCCGUUUCAGGAGAACACUUUUGAUCUGGUGUUCAGCAGUCUGAGUUUGCACUGGAUCAACGAUCUUCCAGGAGCUCUGCGUCAGAUCCAUCGUGUGCUGAAGCCAGACGGUGUGUUCGUAGGCGCGAUGGUUGGAGGCGAGACUCUGUACGAGUUGCGCUGUUCUCUGCAGCUAGCUGAGCUGGAGCGGGAGGGAGGAUUUGCGCCCCACAUUUCACCCUACACAGCCGUCACCGACCUGGGCAACCUGCUGGGCCAAGCUGGCUUCAACAUGCUCACUGUGGACGUCGAUGAGAUUCAGGUUCAUUACCCGGGCAUGUUUGAAAUCAUGUGCGAUUUACAAGGAAUGGGCGAGAGCAACUGUGCGUGGAACAGGAAGGCGCUGUUGCACCGAGACACCAUCCUGGCAGCGGCUGCCGUUUAUAAAGAGAUGUACGGUAAUGAAGAUGGAUCCGUCCCAGCCACGUUUGACAUCCUGUUUAUGAUUGGCUGGAAGCCUCACGAGACACAGGCGAAACCAGCGAAAAGAGGCUCGGCGACCGUGUCCUUCGCAGAUUUGCCGAAAGUCAGCCGAACACACGCCGGCAACAAAACGGACAACUCCAGCACCAGCUGACUAAACCCAGCUCGUCAGUAUCACCAUAGAAACAGUAUUGCUUAAUGAAAUGUAUGUAAAAAAAAAAUAAUAAAAAUACCACUGGAGGAUAAAAAAAAAAAAAAAUCAAACAGUACAUUUUUAAUUUAAUGUCGAACACAUCAUAAUUCAAACAAUUUCCUCAAUGCUAAAAUAAAAACUUUUGAUAACAAACAUACAUACAAAUGUAUAAAUAACCGAAAGGCCUUCACAUCUUCAAUCACCGUUGACAAACCAUCGAUCCCCGUAAGAGAAAAAUAGUGCAUUUCUUUCUUCUUUUUUUCUUCCUUCUAAUUUUCUUACCGCUAUGGCUUUUUAAAUAGUCCGUCUCAAGUCUGAAACCCUGCGUCAUAACUCAAAUUCAUACGAAGAACUAUGAGUGAAUCAUCUGGGGGAAAAGAAAAGUCGAAACGUGUCAGGAGAGAGGAACGAAACGAAGUAAUUCUCUAAACUGUACAAUCUUUUUCCCUUUCGUAUUGCCUUAGUAGAAGAAGCACCUUUAUACACACUGCGCGAUAAUUUAUACAUCCGUACACAUCAUCUACACGUAUGGCUUUCAGAGAUAUUAUGGGCUGUGCACGUCCGAGUUAUCGUUUAACUUCAGUACAAAGACAAAAAUUGUUGUUUCUUAAAUUUUUUUUUUUUUUUUUAUGUUCAACAUGCUAUACAAACAAAUUCUAAACUAUUAGCUGUGUGUUCUGGCAUAUUUCUUCAGGUUUAAAUAUAUGGUCAUCACUCCAGUGGAACUUAAACGGAUUAGCGACCGAGGCUUUUUGGAAGACGUCAGCUGAAAUGUUUCACUUCGUUCCAAAAGAGCGUACACCGGUACCACUAUGGACAGUGAUGGCAGUAAUGUUGGUGGAGAAGAGUUCAAGUCGUGCCACGGAUGAGUGUUAGGAUGUGGUAGGUUGUAGGUGACGGUGUACUUGCAUAGGGAAUGUGCUGGGCUGGGAUUCGCUUCCUGCUGUCCAAGCUGGCAUGGUCGCUGGACCAAACGCAGCAAUGCUGCUUUAAGUCGUCUGAAAAAUUACAUCAAGAGCCUGUUCAUGCGUUAAUAUUAGUGUUUUCAUCCAAAACAAAUGGCAAAUUGUUUCGCAUGAUCACAAAAUGUGUUACUCAAAAAUAA